AAUGCAUUUUCAAAUCACUUGUUCCAAAAGUAGAUGGAUAUUUUAACGUUGAUGAACAAUAUUUGCAAGCAGCUUUUCUAGUUUCCUUAUCCGACCAAUUCAUUCUAUUAUGAUGCGCCCAUACAGCUGAAGUUCCGAAUGUACCUUCUUCAUUUUCAUCAACUUCCAACAAAAGCUUCCUUAUCCGACCAAUUCAUUCUAUUAUGAUGCGCCCAUACAGCUGAAGUUCCGAAUGUACCUUCUUCAUUUUCAUCAACUUCCAACGGAAGAUUUCCUUGAGAAGGUGCAUUGGUGGAGACAUCCAUGGGAUUGUUGCUAACUUCAUCCAUAUCCUCGCCAUUUUAAUGAAUCAAAUAAUUAAUACCAAGUGAAGAUGGUAUAUUAUUAUAACCAUGUUAAAGAAUCAAAGCAAACAACAAUCUAUCAUUGAAAUCCAUUCAUUUCAAUCUGCAAUUCUCUUCGCUGGUACAAUCCAUUCGUUUCACAACAAAGUCUUGACACGGGCAUCAAUGAUGCCAACCAAAGGAAUUAAAAGGGACGAUGAAAAGAAUUAAGAAUUCCAUCGAAAUUAGCAACCCAUAAUAGAGCUUAAUCUGUCUAUGGGAUCUCUCUAUUCAUGAGUCUAAAUGAAAUAAAGAAAACUAGUGAAAGUGCCUUUGACUAAAACAGAAUCAUUCUCAGUUUCUAUAGCUAAACCAGGUAAUCACAAAACAAUGGCUAUAUAGAGAAGAUGGACUCUAGUUGGAUCAAACUAGAAGUUCAAAGUUGAAGAAAUGAACAUUGAAGUGGAUAUACCUCAGCUAUAGGCUCUUUCAAAGCCUUCCUGGUAAGCCUGAACCGGAUCCCCAACUUCUCAAGCUGCCUUGACAAAACCCUAACGAUGGUAGCAGUACUUCUCAAAUCCUCUUCUAACUUCUCAAUUCUCUCGAGCAAAUUCACACUAUCUCGACCUUCCCGCACUGAUUUCAGAAGAGGAAACAUGCAAUGUGUUAAUUGUAUAGGUUUGAAUGUCACCAAAAGCUUAAACAAAUCGAAACACAAUCUACAACAUAUAAAAACAACCAAAUCGAAACACAAUCUACAACAUAUAAACACAACCAAAUUGAAGCUUAACCGAUCUUAGUCUGCACUCUGCCAAAUUUCCUCUCUUCUCAUCUCUGCAACUGCAACCCACUCCCCCAGAUCACCUUUAUUGCCAUCUUUCCUUCCUUGAUUCCUUCUCCCUAGUUUUUACGUUGUUUACUCUUACAUCCUUACAAAACUUCAAUUCCAACCUCUCUUGGACUGUCAUAAUCAUCCUUGCAUCACCAUUCCCAUCUGAUCGUUCGUACGCCUAUUGUAAUUUAACAUUGUAACUAGCAUUACAAGCAUGGUUUUACACUAACCCACUAAGCGAAAGAUCGAACAGCCUCAGAAUGAGGCUAAUUACAAGAUUUUGGCAGUGGUCGAAAGACUUACUGAGGAAGUCGAGGACGAGGCGGCCGUCGGAGAGGCGGCCGUCGGAAGCGUGGAAGAAAGAGCGGCAGUUGGGGAGGUCGAUGAGGAAAUCGAGGCCGGCGACGAGCUCGUUGGAAAGGCAAUGGAUCGAGAUUUUAGGGUCCCUUUCAGUCUAUGAGAAAGAACGGAGAAGAGGUAUCGUGAAAGCACAAGGGCUGGGCUGGUCGGCUUGACGCCGGAGACAGUCGGCUGGACGCUGGAGGCAGUCGGCCUCGCCAAGAAUCGGUGGAGAUUUUAGGGAAAGGGUUUUUACAGUCGAUGACGAUGAGAAACGAGGGCGAUAUUUCACGGGUCACGGGUCACGGGUCACAGGGUCUAAAAUUUGAUGUGGGUUCCGGGUCAUCAGGGUCAACCGGUCAAGUGAGUUUUUUAGGGUCAGAUAUUAUUUUGACUAGCUUGGACCCGGCCGGUUGGCCGGAAUAUUGUAAGUUUUAAGAUAUCAGAAGUUUCCUCAAAUUGAAAGAAAGAAACCUGCCGCAUGCUCGUGUACUGUACACGCAGACACCUUUUACUGUACAACGUGACUAAGAUUUACUGUUUCAAACUGGCGUGGGCUGGCGUGUGGGCUGUUGUUGGGUGAGGCCUCAUUGGGAUCUGACGGAGUUUGGGGGCUCGGUCGGGGUGGGACUGGUCGUUGCCUUCUGGUUGCCCUUCUUUGGGGUCGUUUGGUGGCCCCGGCGCCCGUUGGUCAUCAGAGAUCGAUAUUUGACUUUGGCCCGAGCGGGCAGGAACGAGGGUUUUCGUUAGUGGGAUGGAACUUGGUCGUUGGGCUGUUUUGGUCUGCUGGAUCGGUUGUGAUCCACGAACGCGUUGGUCAUCAGAGCCCUCUCGGUGACUGGAGCCUGCACAGUUGCUUGAUUGGAUGGAUUUCAGGCGCGCCGCCGGUCUAUUUUCCUUGGCAGCUGUGUCAGGGUCUUUGCAAGCGAUCGACGGUUUUGUGGGUGGGAGACUCAGAGGUAGUGGGCCAUGGGGGGACUGAAAGGGUUGAUUGAAAGGAGCUGUGCUGCUCAGUGGCUCUGCAAGUGGCUUAGGGCAAGGUCAGGGUCUUUGAGGUGUGGAGCGGUUGAGAGGUGGGAGUCGUGCCGGUUUCAGAGGCUGAGAGAGAAGGGAGGUAUGGGAGAAGAGAGGUAUGUCUUGAUGAUGUAGACUGGGCAUACUUUCUGAAUCUGGAAAGGUAAUUGAGGGGACUGAUGAGAGAAGCUAAGUCAGGCGUCAGGGAGCAGGAGGGAGCCUCUUCCGAUCAAUUAGUCGAGAGGGGAUAGGGAUCUAGCUGUAUCCAAUUGCCCUUUCGAUUUCCGAGAAGCAUCAGAGAGGGGUCUUAGUUGUAGACUAUCAUCGAUUGUGUGGUUGGGAGAAGAGCUUAGCUUUUUAGGAGGAGGUGAGAGACUAGAUAAAAUAGCCAGCUCUGUCUCUAUGCAUUCUUCCCAUUUUUAUUUUCGAAUUCUCUCUCUAUCUCUGAAAUCUCGAUGAAUAUUGUUUCUCUCUCAAACUUCCUUCUAAUCUCCCACUCUCUAGGCAGAUCGACUAUUGUCUUUUGUUGAGUUUUGGAUUGAUUUGAGGAUUCAGGGCGCCAUCUGUGGUAGAGAAUUCUUCCAGUUUAGCUACUCGCUAGGGUGAAUCGAAUCCAGAUGAUCAGAGCGGAGAAAAGGUCAAUUCGGAAAGUGUUCCUUGCAAUAUUCCAUCGGUAAGCGAUCGUGUAUUUCUUCGUUCGUAUUUGCUUUCUGGGUCUGGUCGUGCCUCAUCAAACUAAGUUUCAUGGUUUCUUAGUUGAGAACAUUGGAAUCUGAUGGAGUAUGGUGUCUUGGUUGGGAUGGGACUGGUGGUUGCAUGUGUGGUUUCUUUGGCUUGGUUUCUUGGUUCUUCUCAUCGGCGUUGACCCUCACUGAUCUGGUUGUACCCGAUCCCUGUUUUGAUGCAUUUUCAGGUGGGAUUGUGAGAAGCGACGACUGCUAAUGUGCACCUCUUUGAGCACCUCUUGGAGUGUUGAUCAAAGUUGUACGUACCAACGGCAGGGGAGCUGAUAUCCACGACACAGGGGAACCAGAUUUGCGAACCAUGACGUUAUAAGGUGAGCCAUUGAUGGUUUUUCUUUGUUUCUUGUCUGUGGUGUUUAGUUUUUCCGGGCUUAUUUUGUAAUUCCUUUUUCUCUCUUUUAUGAAGAAAUACAGGCGACGAGUUCCUGGUAGAGAUUUCUUUGGCCGGCGGUAGUUGUUGGAUCCAUGUUAGAGACCAAAAAUAGGACAUGAUUGUUUGGAUUUCAAGGGCAAUCUAUCGAGAAACUGAAGUGAUGCAUAGGAGCCUUCAAAAAUGGAUUUCGGGAGAGGUUUCUAGCUUCCUCCCAUCCAUCACUAUUCAGUGUCUCCACACCUUACUCUGGUUAUCUUUUGUUUCCCCUACUCAAUGGUGUUUAUGAAGCAUUCUCCUCAUUGUCCGUGCGUUUAGUUGAUCUGUCACGUAGCCUUUGCCGGAGAGUCUCAAUGACGCUGUGCUUGCUGGAAAGUAUCUUGCCGCUCUGUUUCUUUGCAUUAUAUGUUUGAUUUUGUUGUUUGUUCUAGGAAUCGAGUGGUAAGCUCUUGGUACUUCUGUUUCUUUUUUCACACACUCUCUCUGUAUGUUGAAUUGUUCUCUCUCCACCGCUAAACUGUUUAGGUUGUUCUGUCUUUCGGAUCUCUUUUCUUUCAUAACAAUCUCGACGUGAGUGCUUAUCUCAAUGGAUUUGUUUGCCUUUUCCUCUUCUGGAUCGGGUUCAGAUUCCUCUCAGAUUUUGUGCGGUGGAACUUACGGCGUGGAGAAGAUGGAUAUUUCAUUGGUGAUGGUUUAGGUAACGGAGGUCCUAGGGUGACCAGGACACUAAUGGGUUCAAUUUCUUUAAGUUUCCUUUUAUUCCUAUUAUUAUUUCCUUUACUGAUCGAGCUUGGUAAUUUCAUGAAUGAAUAUGGCCGCCUAUAGCUAAGAUCAGUAGCAAAUGGUACGUAGUAUAUCCAAUCUUUCCUUUCCAAGCCUUACCAGUUUAUUCUUGGGCAGAGCCCUUAGUUUAUUUUUUGUUAUUUACAGAUUUUGUUCUGAGAUGAUUUAUGAUUACUCAGCUCAUAUCCUUUUUGUCAUCUAAAGUUCAUUUCAAGCAGUUGAAAGUACUGUUUAGUUACCUCAUGGAUUCAUGGUGUCUUGAUUGCCACUCUACUUCAUUUGAAUUUCUGUAAUUGGGUUCUUGGGUUCUAUGUAGUACUUGCUUAGCUAUACAUGGAUCUCAUACUUGAAGAGACUUCUCUUUUUCAGAUGAUGAUUUUGUAGUCUAUUGUCGAUGUCACUUUCUUUUCUCUAAUUCUGAAAAAUUGUUCUCUUUUGGUGGAAUAUAUUGAUUUUCCCAUUCUCAUAGGUUUACAAUUUUCCGAUCCAGUAGUCUAUGUAGGAAAAGCAUGCACGCUGUUUGUUCGAGGUGCAAACCCUGUUGCUUCCAGUGUGCUGUGUACUGAAUUAUGUUUAUGUUUUCUAUGGUUUAGGUUGCUUUCUCUUCUACCGACGAUUGAAGUUGAGAGCUGGGAGUUACCAUGAAAAAUCAGUGAAUACCUACCGUGCAUAGUUCUGUUGUGCUCCCGUUGAAAGGAAAUGCAACUCUGCCUCUGGUGGCAAAAUCUUCUAACAACCAAGAGUUAUCGUAAUGGACUGUCCCUCAAACUCUUCACAUCUUCCUUCUCAUGGUUAAUUGAUGAUUCUGUAGUUUGCUCAUAUAAUCUCUUUGCGUUCUUUAAUAGGGCUGGUGGUGGUUGUGUAUCAUGUAAAGAUACUUGAGGAAUUAGGUUGUGAUCCCUGUGUUUGGCCAAAAGUGGGUUGUAG